AUGCAGUACUCGACCAAGCUGGAGAAGGGGGACUAUGUGCUGCGGGUGCAUGUGCGACACGAGCAGAGUGCCCUGGUUGAGCGACUCUCGGAUAUGCCACUGGAGCUGUCGCACAAGCUGCCCAGUGCCAUUGCCCUGGAUGCCUACCGCUCCCAGGGGCAGGCCAUGAUCGCCUCGGCCAAGAAGUUCGCGCCCCUCAUGACUCGACCUGGUGCGCAGGUGCCCGUCUACCUGGCUCCCCUGCCCUGCGACAAGCUCCCCAAAGGAUCCAGUGCAGGACAUUUCCUCACAGGCACACUCUCUGUCACCAAGGAUGAGCAGGGCAAGAAAGUGGCGCUGUUCCCACUGGUGUACCACAUUGGGGAGAUGCCCAAAAAGAACUCAUGUGCAUCUUCGUCGGCUAAAAACUCAUCUGAAGAAAAGGACCUUGACCAAGAGUUCCAUGAUGCUCUAAGGGACCUCAGCAUCACCUGGCUCACCAAGCUGCAAGGAAAGUCUGCAACCAGCCUCUUCGAAGACCUGAAGGAGAAGAAUGCCAAGCAUGUGCCACUGUUGCUUGCACGGAUCCAGUCACUCGACACUGACAAGGAGCGCAGCCGCUACCUUUCGGAUAUUGUGGCCCUGGCAGAUGAAGCCUUGGCAGCCAUCGACACACUUGAGCUGCUGGCUGCACUGGGAACACGCACCGACAAGAAGGACAACAACAACAACAAGCAGCAGGAGAAGCAGAAGGCGCAAACGGUGGAGGCUCUGACGCGCAAGGGUGCUGCCCUGUGCGAGAUCUUCCUCAUGCGACAGGAGGCUGGCCGAGGCUCCGGUGAUGGACAGCCUGCCAGCCCCCCCCCUGCUGGGUCGCCUCAGCCAGCCACUGACAGUGCCAGCUCAGAUGCACCACCGUCCACCGCAGCAGUCACCACGACAGAUGACCAAGGCCCUACAGUGGCCGACCUCAACCGUGUCUACGCAGAACUGCUCAAGUGGGCUGACCCUAGCGACCCCAAGGUGGCGCCAUUUGUGGAGAAGCAUGCCCUUGCGCUGGGUCACCAUGGUCGGGCAGCUCGGGUCUUGUUGCGCCUUCUCGAGGACAAACCAAGCCAGGAUCUCGAGCGUCGCCUGCUGCAGGUGUACCACUUGCUAGGAUGGGAGCACUGUAGUCGACAUCUGGAGCGCAGCUUGCUGGUCCGCUACCCGCCAUCCUACAGACUCUUCUGAACUCCUCUUCCCUUUUUCUGUUGUCUCGUGGCACAUUCAAGCGAAUUAAAAAUGACGAAA